GUUGUUCUGUGCCUAGCAGCUGGCCUUUCGUUCUUGACCUUUCUCCUUGGAUGGGAUAUCGUGCCAACCCAUCACCCGAAUGCCACUCCUAUAACAGAGCUCAAAACUACCGACCAACAUGGAUUCUCGUGGUAUGAUAUCGAUGCCAAUCCUGAGCUGGUCUAUCAUCAAUGCUACGAUGAUUAUCAUUGUGCCAAACUUCAGGUACCAAUGGAUUGGUGGCGCGAUUCCACACAGCCUGGAAAGAAUAUCUCAAUAGCUGUGAUAAGACUGCCAGCAAAAGUUUCACUGACUGACCCACGCUAUGGAGGUGCUGUUCUGACGAACCCUGGUGGUCCUGGUGGAAGUGGAGUUGCGCAGAUGUUGCGCAGUGGUCGAGCGACACAAACCAUUGUCGAUACAGACAACCGCCCCAACGAUACUUUGAACUUCGAGACAGCCAAAUACCACGACAUCAUCAGUUUUGACCCUAGAGGUGUUGGCCACACAACGCCAGGAAUCCACUGUUUCCCUGACAGUUUGGCACGCUCGAGCUGGACUUUGCAGAAUGAAGCCUUGGGACUAUUAGGAAGCUCGGAAGAUUCGUUUUAUCGUAAUUGGUAUCGGUCAAGAGCGUUGGCUGAGGGUUGUUCGGCCGCGACUGGGACUACUGAUGAUGACUCUGAAGCCAUAGGCGAGCACGUCAAUACCUCUCCGGUUGCUCGUGAUAUGCUUGAGAUCAUUGAGCGACAUGCAGAAUGGGUAGUCAAACAAGCUCAUCUCACAAGAGAAAGCGACAGUCCUCAUGAACAGCGCAAAGAUGAGACUGUUGUAGAACAACUCCGAUACAUCCGAGGCGGACCAAAGAUCAAAUAUUGGGGCAACAGCUACGGCACCAUCCUUGGGCAAACCUUUGCCUCGAUGUUUCCAGAUCGCGUCGACAGAAUUGUUCUCGAUGGAGUAUGUAACGCCCAUGAUUACUUCUUUGGUUCUUGGUUCAGCAAUCUCUCUGACGCAGACGCCAUUCUCGAUCGCUUNUUUGGUUACUGCCAUGCUGCUGGUCCCAAGGCCUGCAGUUUCUACUCAUCAACUGUUGCAGAAAUAAAACAAAACUACGAUGGUUUGCUCAACGAGAUCUUUGAGCGGCCAGUAGUGGUACCUAGCUCGAAGAAAAGAGGGCCAGACGUGAUUACUUGGUCGGACGUGAAAAGCAUGGUCCGCUUAGGCAUGUACCAACCACUCAUCUAUUCGCCAAUGGUCGCAGAUCUUCUUACUUCCAUAUCCUCUGGAAACGGUAGUCUCUUCGCCGACUUCAAAGCCAUGGCCAACACAUUCAGCUGCCCUAGCGAAGACUGCAUUUCCGCAGGUCCUUUCAGCGAUGAAUGCGACCAAGGUGACAAUGGCCCAGACGCCACACUAGCAAUCUUAUGUACAGAUGGACCGGGUCUAGGCGACAUUGAUGAGACAAGUUUUCAAGAGUAUUGGCAUGCAUUGCAACAGCAGAGCUCAGUAUUGGGAGAUUGGUGGGCACACACCAGACUAGGCUGUAUUGGGUGGAAAACAAAAGCAAAGAAUAGGUUUGAAGGUCCUUUCGCUGGGAACUUGUCUCAUCCGGCUUUGCUGAUUGGGAAUACUCUGGAUCCGGUCACCCCAUUGUCCAAUGCAAGAGAAAUGGCAAAGAACUUCCCUGGUUCAGUUGUUUUGCAACAAGACUCAGAAGGUGUAACAAAAGUCGUCCGAGAAUACUUCCAAACUGGCCUUCUUCCUCCAUCUAACACAACAUGUUUGCCCAACAAAACCCCCUUUUCAGAAUCCGAUAACCUCAAGACGUUGAGUAUAGAAGACAAGGUCUUGCUAGAGGCAAUAGAAGUUCUGGGAAACACUUCUCUCGAUAUCGAAUUUACAAGAAGAGCAGGUGGAUUCUAA